UACGCUUUAAAAAAUGUACAACAGCAACAGAAAGUGAAAAAUCCUUAUGAAUUCUUGGAUUGUGGUUUGCUGUCCUUCAAUGUCUUAAUAAAACCAGCGAUUUUAGGUGAACACCAGCAAGUCAGGUAACGUCUUCAAUGCCACAGUGAAACAUGAACCUCUACAGGCCUCUGUUCGUUAUCCUCUUUUAUUUCUUCGUGGUGGGUUGCAUUGCACUGUUCGUUUUUACCGCCUUCAAAGUGGAUCCCAAAAAAGAGGAAACUCCAACCACAAAUGCCGGUGAAAAUGUCUGUGAAGGUCCAGACUGUGGUGAAACAUUUGAACCAACGUGGGGGCCAAUUACCGAUCCAACACCAGCCCCUCUCCCAACUGGAGAUACAACAGAAGAAGAAACAACUACACCGCCAUACGUUUGUGAAGGAGCCAUCUGUAACGCAAUAACAAGAAUGAUGGAUUACAUGGAUAAAGAAGCCAACCCCUGCCUAGAUUUCUACGAAUACGCGUGCGGUGGAUGGCGGAAAAGAUACCCGUUACAGGACCACGAAAUUAUGAGGGGUCCUGUAUUUUCGCUAAUUGAUAAGGUUGCUGAAAGGCUGAAAGACCUGCUAUCAUCGCAAGAGGCAGGAACAGAUAAAGCUCAUAUGGUGGCGGCUAAAUCGUAUUUUGCUGCAUGCAUAAACACCGAUAAGAUCAAAGAACGCGGUGCUGGGCCGAUGUUAAACCUGCUGCGCAGCAUGGGGUCGUUCCCAGGUUUGGAUAGCGCAUGGACUCAAGAAGCGUUCGAUCUAACGCGUGUAAUGGCUAAAUUUGACGCAAUUGGUCUGAUGCCGCUAAUAAGGAUCUUAAUAGAAAAGUCGGAGCUAAAUAAUAAUGAGUUUACAAUCCAUGUUGGAGUACCGAUGACCGAUGAAGCUUAUGGUGUACUCAGGCCAGGCAGAGAAGAGAAACCGUUGCUAGAGGAAUACUAUACUUUUCUUGGAAUUAACGAGACAACUAAUAUCGAUGCUAUCAUUGAUUUGAAUAAGAAAAUUUCCGACGCCGUCGGGAAUAUGGCUCUCUACACAGCUCCGAAAGCCGUGACUGUUCUGGAUCUAGGAAUCAAGCAUCCUUGGGUAAACUGGACGCAGUUCUUACAAGCGCGUUUUGAUGAGGUCAACCUAGGACUCUCGGUUAAGGAUGAUACAACAGUUAUUCUUAUGCGAGAAGAUUACAUGAAUGUAUUAGAGAGUAUCCUCAAUAGUACUUCGAAAAGGGUAUUGGCUGAAUAUCUUUUGUCUAGGACACAAGUUUUGAGUACCCUAGUUGGAAGAGAAUACUUGAUCCCAAAGCAGGAUUUAGAGAUGGAGAAAAUGGAGAUAGAUUUACCUCCCCGGUGGAGAAUGUGUGUUAACGACAUGUUGAUAGAAUUGCCUGACGCUCUCGGUCGUAUGUACGUGGAGAAAUAUUACCCCAACUUUAACAAACAGCCAAUUGAAACGAUGGCAAAGGCACUUAGGGAUUCAUUUAAAGAGCUGAUACAGACCAAUUUUUGGUUAUCAGAUGCCACAAAAGCGGCCACUAAAGAAUCGCUUCUCUCCUUGACUUUUAAUAUAGGAUAUCCAGAUUAUAUUUUUCAAGAGGAUAAAGUUGAGCUUUACGAAUUUCUGAAAGGUGAAGCGGAAUAUUUCGAGGCGAAAUUAGCCUGUUCCAAGCGCCUUAUAACAGAUGAAACAAGAAGGCUAAAGCCUAAUUACAAAAAGUGGAUACUUUCAGCCGCAAGCGUUGAUGUCGUUUAUGAUCCUGAUAAUCAUGAUAUCACUAUACCUGUUGGUAUUCUGGAGGAACCAUUUUAUAAUCCAGAAUAUUCCAGCUCUAUGAAUUAUGGCGGUAUAGGGUUCAUCAUCGGCCAUGAGAUAACAGACACCUUUAAAAUCGCUAGUCCCGGCGGUAAUGAUUCGGCAACUUAUCAAAGCCAUUUAGAGUGUUUGAAGAAGCAGUUUUCCAGCUACACUUGGGGUGAAUAUAAUGUCAACGGAGAGCUAACUUUAUCUGAUAAUUUGGCUGAUCAAGGUGGGCUGCUGCAGAGCUAUCUAGCUUUGCACCAUUUAAAUGGAGGAAAUAACCAGAAGUUGCCAGGAUUGGAUUUAGAACCCACCCAGGUUUUCUUUCUCAAUUUUGCACAGGGCUGGUGCUCGUUAUACAGAGAUGAUGUUAAGAAGACGCACAUCGAUACCGAUAUGCAUGCACCUCAUGAAGUCAGAAUUCGAGGGAUGACGUGGAACUCUAGAGAAUUUUUUGAGGUGUUUAGCUGCAUUGACGACCCCCCAUACAGGUGUAAUGUUUUCUAGCAGCGAUACAUCCACAAUCCAAGUCUUUUCUUAGAUGUAUCAAGUAUAGAAAGGAAACAUCUGGGAUAUGUAAAUGUAUACGAUAUACAAUGCUGUUUAUCUGAAGUUAUUAAGUUAAUCCCUAUUGUAGGUAUCUUUUACAUAGAUAAGUACUUGUUCUAUUUAAAUAAAUCAUGAAUUCAAAAGUUUCAAGCAAUAUUUGCUUGACAAAAAAUAUCUAUUUUGAACAGUUAUCAUCAAAAAUAAAAAAAUAAAUCUAAAAACUAAAACUACGUUGUAAGUAUUAAUGUUUAGUUUUUUUUUCUUUACUACACCACAAGCAUUUAUAAAUAAUAUUGACAUUUUGCACAAAAAAGCUAAAACUAUAUUGCUAAAUUAAAUUUUAGACACAAACAUACACACACAUAUACACGUAUAU